GCCCUUGCGGCUUCGUGUCCUGCUGUCUUUUCUUCCGCUGCCUUGUGUCCGGGGAACAUGGCGGCGUUGGCAACCAGACUCUGGUGGCGCGGGAUCGUGGGGGCCGCGGCGCUGACCAGGGGGGCUGGGCGACCCUUGGUUCUGUUGCCGGUGAGGCGUGAGAGCGCUGGGGCCGACACGGGGGCCGACACGCGCCCCACUGUCAGACCACGGAAUGAUGCGGCCCACAAGCAGCUCUCAGCUUUUGGAGAGUAUCUGGCUGAAAUCCUGCCCAAGUAUGUCCAGCAAGUUCAGGUGUCCUUAUUCAAUGAGUUAGAGAUCUGUAUCCAUCCUGAUGGCAUCAUCCCAGUGCUGACUUUCCUCAAGGAUCACACCAAUGCACAGUUCAAAUCCCUGGCUGACUUGACAGCAGUGGACAUCCCAACUCGGCAGAACCGUUUUGAGAUUGUCUACAACCUGUUGUCUCUGCGCUUCAACUCACGGAUCCGUGUGAAGACCUACACAGAUGAGCUGACACCCAUUGAGUCCAUUACCUCUGUGUUCAAGGCAGCCAACUGGUAUGAAAGGGAGGUCUGGGACAUGUUUGGAGUCUUCUUUGUUAAUCACCCUGAUCUAAGAAGGAUCCUGACAGAUUAUGGCUUCGAGGGACAUCCUUUCCGGAAAGACUUCCCUCUAUCUGGCUAUGUCGAGUUACGCUAUGACGAUGAGGUAAAGCGAGUGGUGGCAGAGCCAGUGGAGUUGGCCCAAGAGUUCCGCAAAUUUGACCUGAACAGCCCCUGGGAGGCUUUCCCAGUCUAUCGCCAACCCCCGGAGAGUCUCAAGCUUGAAGCCGGGGACAAGAAGCCUGAAGCCAAGUAGCUCCAGGGAAGGCGUGUGGAUCCUAGAAAGCCCCUUAUCUGUAAUUGAGUGUCCAUGUAAAUAAAUUCCUACUUAGACUCA